UUGGAACUCUGCAUGUGUGUGUGCUGUGCAGGGAGGAAGCUUAGCACUGUGAAGCUAGCUAUGAAAAAGGUUGUAGAAGCCAAAGAAAUCCCAAGUCCUCCCAUGGUUUCAGAGAAUAUGGAAAGCAAGGAGAACGGAUCUGUGGAUGUUAAAAUCUCGGUAGAACACGGAAGGCCUCCUGACCCGGCUCACUGGGCUGUUGCUGAUGUUGUGAAUUACUUCAGAACUGCAGGAUUUGAGGAACAGGCGACUGCUUUUCAAGAGCAGGAGAUUGAUGGAAAAUCUUUGCUGCUUAUGACAAGGAAUGACGUUUUGACAGGACUGUCGAUAAAAUUAGGUCCAGCUCUGAAGAUCUACGAGUAUCACGUUAAACCUUUGCAGACACAGCAUUUGAAGAACAAUUCUUCAUAGAGAAGAAGUUGAUUGUGUCUAAUACUGCUGCACUAGACUCAACAAAAUAUUCAGUUCUGUGUGAUAAGCGGAUUUACUGAGCGGAUCCAAACGGAAUAUGUGUUAUGGUAUAUCGGAUUUGUGUGAGAUCUGUUGACGACGAAGCAUCUGCUUCAAACGUUAAAGACUUUAUGUUUUCAUAAGAGAAUAUGAGAUUCGUCUAGAGUGGUCCACUAACAAUAGAGAUCUGUAGUUCUCUAACAACUGAAAAAUCAAAACAGAUCAUUUUUAGGUUGUACGUUACAUCUGAAAGGUGCUUAAUUUAAAUAAUUAUACUGACAAACGUUAUUAUAACAGCUGUACCUUUUCCAUUGGGAAAAAAUGUAUGUAUUCUACUUUGAUCAUGAAAUACGGGCUAGUCUAAUCAAUACAUGCUAAGUAAAGGUAUUUUAUUAAAUAUGUAAAUAUGUUCUUUAAAAAAAAUUGAAUCCGACAAUCGUUUAAUGUACAAUAUUAUAUUUCAAAGUUAGAUAAGAGUUUUUGCAUCCUUUCUUACCUGCAGUUGCAAAUUUCCCAGAUUUGUUAAUUGAAACGGGAAUUAUUUGUAUUUUCUUGUCCCAAAUUUUGUUGCUGACAGUUUUUCCUGUUUCUGGAUUUUUUAGGCUGUUGGUUUAUACUUUGGUUCUUUUAAUUAACUGGUUUUCAAACCUGUCCUCGGCCCUUCCCAACAGGUCAGAUUUUCAGGAUAACCUUUGGUAAGAGCAUGUAAUAUAACCAGGUUUACUAAUUAGCUGAUUCUUUCACCUGUGCUCCAGUUCAGAUAUCCUCAACGUCUGGCCUGUUAGGGAAGCCUAACGACAGGUUUGAAAACCAACUUUUUAAAUGUAGUGAAAAUGUAUGUAAAGUUGAACAUAUUUUACACUUUUGCUUUAAUGUGACUAUUUUGAUUAGUACUGUGUUUAAAAUAACAUUGUUUUUGAAUAAUGAA